AUGCAUCCUGAUUCCAUAGCUUUGACAGCUUUUGGAACUGCUCAAGGGCAUUACGAAUGGUUAGUUAUGCCAUUUGGUUUAAAGCAAAUUCCGUCCUUUUUCCAAAGGAAAAUGGAUAAUAUCUUCAAACCAUUUGCAGAUUUUUGCAUAGUUUACAUAGAUGACAUCCUGGUCUUCUCAAAAACUAUGGAUGAGCAUUUAAAGCAUCUUGAGCAGGUGUGUAAGCUUAUUGUUCAGAAGGGAAUUAUCCUCGGACAAAAAAAGAUUCAUCUUAUUAAGGGUGAAAUUGAUUUCCUUGGCAUUCAUGUUAAAGAUGGAGAGAUUCGUCUCCAAGAUCACAUUGUUAAGAAAAUCAGCCAAUUUCCAGACAAUAUCCCAGAUGCGAAGUCUUUACAGAGAUUUUUGGGAGUUGUUAAUUUUGCGAGAGACUUCAUUCCUCAAGUUAGUAGUCUAACUGCCCUCCUCUCUCCAAAAACAAGUUCUAAGAAAAAAUGGUCUUUUACAGCUGAUGACGGUAAUACUGUCAGGAAGAUUAAAGAAUUAACAAAAAACCUUCCUCCUUUACAAUUACUUGAAGAAGGAGAUAUGAUCAUUUUGCAGACUGAUGCAAAUGAUUAUUACUGGGCAGGAGUCGUUUUAGCUAUUGCUCCAGAUACAAAUCAUGAAAAGAUUUGUAAAUUUCUAUCGGGAAAGUUUAACGCUGCUGAGUUAAACUAUUCCACCGGAGACAAGGGAAGUCCUUGCCUUAAUUAA